ACCACAAACAGAAAUUGACGUUCGUGUUGUCACUGCGGAUGUUACAGGACAGAAAAUUAUUUCGAUCGGAAAAGGUUUUGAGAAACACCUAACGCCCUUUUUGGAUGACUUUAACAUACAUUGCCUAUAUGCAAUGGGUCAUUUCAAUGUUUAGGCAUUUCAAGACGCUUUUCUGUUGAGAGAAUAUGUGCAUCUGUUGGCAACGAAACAGCAGAAAAUUUGCUACGUAUAUCAGUGGAAAUUAAUUAGAUGCAUGUUAAUUUGUUGCAACAACAUACUGGGGUAUAAAUUUUUUGCACCAUCUUACGUGCGGGAAAUCUAAACAACUCUAAUAUCAAUGGUGAUGUGAUUGUGCAUCGAACAUCGUAGCAAUGGAUAAAAGUAAAUCGCCUGUACGCCGUGCUAAACGUCAAUCGAAAGUGGUUGAAGAAAACUUCUGGGAUUGCAGCGUCUGCACAUAUCGCAAUACUGCCGAAGCCUUCAAGUGUUUAAUGUGCGACGUGCGAAAAGUUUACUCCGUUCCAGGUACAUCCACCCGAAAACCACGACUAAAUUCUGCCCUUGCGGCGCAACAGGCUGCAACACAAGCCUUUCCAGGGGCGUCCGGGGGUGCGCAAGUCGUAUCGAACGUGAAAUCUCCCGGUAACACAAAAGCACUAAGAAGCAAAAGCAAGCGAUCAAAGCAUCCAGCACGAUUAAAAAAUAUUGACCGAUCGAGCGGCCAAACACGUGAAGUAACUGUAAAUUCAGUAACUGUUGUCAUCACCGAGUAUAAACCAAAGCCCUCCGUUAGUCGGCAUGAUUCGAGUGAAAGUUUUAGUGAGAGUAAUGAUUCUAGAAGCUAAGCAACUUCAUUUGCCCUGCACAUUUGGCUAUUAUUUUAGAUAAUAACAGAAUGUCGAGUGUUACUAAAACUAGCAGUUGCUGCUGCAUUAUGAUUGGUUUGCUCUGCUGCUUAUUCGUGAUUGGUAACGAUAGUAUCAUGUCUGUUUUUAUUCUCGAUUUGGGCUUCAUUUAAAGAAAGUGUAUGUCUGAAGUCAGUUUUACUUGUAAAACUAACUCAUUUUAGCCUUAUAAAUUAUAAGGGAGUUAUAGUUUGUGUAAAUUGAUUGAUAUUCAAUAUUACUCAUAAUAAGAUUCAAAUUUCUUAAACUAAAUAUCAGAAGUCAUAAGAAAAAGAUCUGUAAUUUCCAUAAGUUAAUACUACGUUGAAAGUAUGAAGUUAUGUAUGAACUAAUAUAAUUUCUCUGCCUACAACUAUUAUUAUAUUAUAUCAAUCUAGAGAUUUGUAAAAACCAAUCAUUUUCAAACACAUUGAAUGUGGUUAAGAGAUUGGCAUAUGAAGGAAAUUAUAAUUUAGUGUAGGAUAUGUAUGUUUUUUCGGCAAACCGAAUUAGGUAAACAGAUAAAUAAUUGUAAUAAUAAAAGCGAGAACAACUAUAUUGCAUAUGUUUCGAAAACUUUGAAUGAAACAUAGUAAAUCGGGGAUAUGUAAAACUGCCAUUAUUCCAACAAAAUACAACAAUUUAUCAUUAUAUCAGCACACUCCAAAAAUGCGAGUAUUGUAAAUGAAUAAAAAGAGUGCUAUGGUAGUGUUAAGUUUAUUA